UCGAUCAGCACAUUUCAAAACACGGAAGCAGAAAUAUGUCAAACAGAUGGUGAGAAUAUUAGGUGUUACGGGAUUUAUGAGUAUUCAGACUCAAAAAUAUCACCCAAGAACAAAGUGUGAGGCACUGAAGAUACUACGUUAUGAACUCUGAACUUUGACUGUCAUCAUGACAGAAUUAAAAGUAUGUAAAGUGUGUAACAAUAGCCGACAGAAGUGUUAUGGGCUGGCUGUGACCUCUCUGGAUCAACUCAAAUUAAAAGGGGGUGAGGCUCUAGGGUUUAGUCCCAGUGCAUCAGUGUCAGUGGUGCUAGAAGAAGAUGGGACCAUCGUGGAAGACGAAGCUUACUUUCUGUGUCUGCCAGCAAAUACAAAAUUCAUGCUGUUGCAUGCCGAUGAAAUAUGGAUGCAUACUCGUCAAAAUGAUGGAGGCACAGCACAGCCUUGCAGAGAGUCUGCUAAUCUGGAGAUAGAUGGAAAGGACGAUGUUGAUGGGUUUGAAUCUUGGCGCAGUUUGGCAGAGCAGCUCAGACAGGACUUGGCCAGUAUUAUCCUUAUGUCCGAGGCAAAUUUACAGAUUUUGAUUGAGGUGCCAUGCUCAGAUCUGGCUGUGGGGUUGAACUUCUCACAGCAGAAAACCCAGGUCCUACAGGACACGUUGCAGAGAAUGCUGGACCGCAGGGAAGAAGAGAGACAGUCCAAAGAGUUACUGAGGCUCUAUUUGAAAGCCAUGGAGCGAGAAGGCGCCUUGGACCCACAAGAAGAAAGUGCUAAACUAGAUGAGACAGAUGGGGUGCAGGUGGAGGCCGCAGCAGGGUUCAACUCCACAACGCUAAUGGUUCUGAAGGACAAAAAAUACCCAGAGACCAGACUGUCCAAUGAGGAGCUACAGAUGGUGGUGAGGCAGGGAGUGGAGGUCAUGAUGGAGGUGUUGUGCUGGGACAGUGAAAGGGCAUCAGCGCUGGUCCAGGCAUGUGAAAGUGAGCUCAGUAAACGCCUAAAGCGAGUUCAAGCCCUGCAAUCCAUCAGCGCUCAAAACCAGUCCACUUCACAACCACAAGCUGAGAGAGAGACCCGAGCUAAACGCAGAAAAAAACACACGCACUGACAAUAUACAACACAUUUAUUCUAGUCUAUAUUCUUGAACUACUUCAUUACAUUUCAUGUAAAAAAAUAAACCAAUUUUUAGA